AUGACGUCGGUGAAAGGGUAAUCAGCUGAUUCUGAGCGAUCAAAUGAACCAAAAUAAAACUGUUUUACCUGUCAAAUCUCGGUUAUCAUCUACCGACCAUUAAGGAUUUUCUCAUCGGACAUCGUUGGCAUGCUUUAUUUGGACCGUCAUCAUGGACAAGAUUUUGGAGGGCCUUGUGAGCUCCGAUCACUCUGUUCCAGUGAAGAGGGCCAUAGUGAAGAAGGUAGUGGAAGCAGCAGAGAAAGAGGUGACAGAGGAGCAGUGUCAUGCGUUGUUUACUCUCACCACCCGCCUCAUCCUGCUUGGUGAAGAUGCAUUUCAGAGGCAGAUCGGCAUCCAGGUUUUGGAAGCCUACGCGCGUUACCACCGGCCAGAGUUUGAGCAUUUCUUCACUAAAGACUUUGCACUCACUCUUCUCCAGCAGGGCUAUGCCCAUCUGGACCGCAAAGAUCCAGCCGUAAUAGACUACAUUCACUGCUGCCUGCGGCUGCUCAUCAGCUGCCCCUCGGUGCUCGAGAUCUUCGGCGUGAUUCAGGUGGAGGUUCUGAGGAUGGUGUGUGAACGUCCUGAGCCUGCUCUUUGCGCCCACCUGAGCUCUUUGCUGUCGGACUUUGUGCAGUGCCUCCCGAGGGAUAAGUCGGGCGUUUUGUUCUGCCAGCAGCUGGUGAGGACCAUCAGUUACUUCCACUGCUUUGCCAGCCAAGAGCGGGAGCUGAGAGAGUAUGUGGGUCAGGUGACUAAGGUCAGCACACUGCUGCAAAACAUCUGGAAGGCAGAUCCAGCCACACUGCUUCCCUCUCUGCAAGAAGUGUUUGCUAUUAUCUCUUCCACAGACUCCUCCUUUGACCCCUCCAUCGCCCUGGCCAGCCUGGUGCAGCACAUCCCCGUCCAGAUGAUCACCGUGCUGAUCAAGAGUCUCACCACAGACAACAAUGUGAAAGACGCCAGCAUGACUAAAGCCCUCUGCAGGAUGAUCGACUGGCUCUCUUGGCCUCUGGCUCAUCAUGUGGACACCUGGGUCAUCGCUCUACUGAAAGGGCUAGCUGCAGUUCAGAAGUUCACCAUCCUCAUAGACGUCACUCUGCUCAAAAUCGAACUGGUCUUCAGCCGUCUGUGGUACCCCAUUGUGCGGCAGGGGGCGCUUGCUGUGCUCUCCCACAUGCUGCUGAGUUUCCAGCACUCUCCCGAGGCCUUCCAUUUGGUUGUUCCACAUGUGGUGCAUCUAGUCCAAUCUUUACGGACAGAUGGUCUCUCCACCAGCAAAGCAUUCCUGCUGCAGUUCACUGAGCUAAUACACUGCAUGAUGUACCAGUACUCCGGCUUCCCUGACCUCUACGACCACAUACUAGAGGCCAUCAAGGAUCUCCCAAAACCAGAGGAAGAGAAGAUUAAGCUGGUGUUAAAUCAAAGUGCCUGGACGUCCCAGUCCAACUCGUUUGCCUCGGGUCCUCUGAAGCAACUUGGAAAGUCUGAGACUGGGAAGACUGGCCUGGUCAACCUGGGAAACACCUGCUUCAUGAACAGUAUCAUCCAGACCCUCUUCAUGGCCACAGAUUUCAGGCGACAUGUUUUAUCAUUACAUCUAAAUGGUUCGAACACAUUGAUGAAAAAGCUCCAGCUGCUCUUUGCUUUCCUUGCACACACUCAGAGGGCAGCGUUCGCUCCCAAAACCUUCUUGGAAGUAUCUCGGCCUCCCUGGUUCAACGCCGGCUCUCAGCAGGACUGUUCUGAGUACCUCCGAUUCCUUCUGGACAGGUUACAUGAAGAAGAGAAAACGAUUCAGGUCCUGGAAUCAGUAAAGCCAAAGAUGGCCUCUCUUGUUGACACAAACGGCAAAGAGCCAACAGCUCAGAGUUCACCGGAGGACGCUGAGGAGUCAUCUCUGAGUCCAGCAGAAAUGAAACCCGAGGACGACGGCAGGACUUUGACAGAAAAGAUGUUCAGGGGGAAGCUGAUCACCGGGAUUCGCUGCAUGCAGUGCAACUGUAUCUCUGAGAAAGGGGAGCCUUUUACAGACCUCUCCUUGGCCUUCUGUCCUUCUGCCACCUCUCAGGGCGGCCCCCAGCCCGAGGGGCCCUCAGAGGAACCCAAAGGUCUCUGCCAGGGAUCCGUCAAUGGCGGUAGUGAAAUAUCUGAGCCUGGCCCGGCCCCAGCCCCAGCUAGCAAUAUCAAUGAUGUGCCAGUGACAAAUGAGCCUCCUCUCUCCGUGCCGGACCUGGUGAACUACUUCCUGGCUCCAGAGAUCCUGGACGAAGACAAUGCCUAUUUCUGUGAGAAGUGUAGCUCACUGCAGCGGGCAGAGAGGACCAUGAAAGUGGUAUCGGCGCCUGAAUACUUAAUCCUCACCCUGCUGCGAUUCUCAUAUGAUGCCAAAUGUCACGUCCGGAGGAAGAUUCUGGACAAUGUCACCAUCCCGCCACUCAUGAGACUUCCCGUUCAUGCCCCUUCAAUGCACACACAAUGUUCCUCUUCUUCCUCUUCUCCUCUGCAAGUGGAUUCCCCUGAGAGCAGUGAGAAUCUGGCCAAGAAGCUCAAACCGUCGCGAAAAGAAGAGGAGGACGAGGAGAAGGAGAGGAUACACGGAGCAGAGCAGAUGAAUGGAGAUGGCGAGAUCCUGUCAGUGCCCUAUGUCCUCAGCUCAGUGGUGAUGCAUUCUGGGAUAUCGUCCGAGAGUGGCCACUACUAUUCAUAUGGGCGUAACAUUAAUGGAGCGGAUGGAACUCAGCACACAGCCAACCACUUAGCCCUAAAAGAGGAUUUGGGGAAUGGACAGGCUGAGUGUAGCCUCUCCACCUGCUCAGCUCUCCCCAUCCCACCUGAACAGAGAGACACCGUAUCUAACGGAGGACAGGAGGCCAGGGAUUGGCUGCUGUUCAAUGAUAGCAGAGUGACAUUCACAUCUUUCCAAUCAGUGCAAAACAUUACAGACCGCUUCCCCAAGGACACAGCUUAUGUGCUCAUGUACAGGAAGCAGGAGCUACCGGGGCAGAACAUCAACAGGGGGCUGGUGGCAAAUGGGAUGAGACCGAGUGCUGAGCCUCCCCUGCAGAAAGAAUUACUGGAUGCUAUUAUCAAAGACAACAAGCUGUAUUUACAGGAGCAGGAGCUUAAUGCUCGGACCCAUGCUCUCCAGGCUCCUUCAUCCUCCUCCUCAUUCAGGCCCAACGGUUCAGAUGACAAUAACCCACCGGGGAGCUGUGGCCCAUCUGGUGGAGGUGGAGGGGGAGGGGGCUUCAACACCAUCAGUAGACUGGUCUUCUGAAAGAAAAAACCUGCUGGAAAACCCAAAUGAACUGGCAUUAAGAGAGUCCUGAACUGUCCUACCACAGAUGUAUGUGCAUAUAACCUGAUGAACUGAGCACUGACAUGAUCUAAUCACACACACACACACACACACACACACACACACACACACACACACUGAGCAUCCGCUCUGAUUCUGAUCCUAGAUUUGAUCUCAAUGUUUCAGUCACUAUUUCAUUGUAUUUGAUUGAUUUUCAUUCUUGGUAUUUAGCUAAACAAUGUACAUUUUCAUUAAUACUCCAGAUUUAAAAACGUACAAAAACCUUGUUUGUGCAAAUGUAUACUAUCGCUUUAAUUAGAUAAUGAUGAUGAUGAUAAUAAUAACAAGUUGCACAAAUUAUUAAGAAUUUGAAACAAGUUGAGACUAGAACACGCUCAUAUUGUCGGCUUUAACUGAGUGUUUAUAACAUUACCUCUCACACACAAACACACAUACACACCCCCAUCAACAUAUGCAAAUACAUGCAUGUGCGGUGCACAGUACAGAAGAAAGCACUCAACUGUAAAAUAAGCAAGACUUUUUUGAUUUGUCACAGUUCUGAAUAUACAGCUAACGACCUUUGUUUAUUUCUGAUUUGCAUGCAGCUUUUCUUUUGAGCUGUAGAGUUUGAUUUGUAUGAUAUUUGAAUCUUUUGAUGUGUGCUUUGCUGUGUUUUACAGGUUUCAUAUCACAUGCAAUAAAUGUAUAUAUGACUUAAAAUAUCAUUCUGAAUUAUCAUGGAAUACAAAACUAUAUGUGGAGAGUGUAAUACUGUGUUUGGGUAAUCUCCAAGAUAAUGGAAUUUUCAAUAAGAAUAUUUACUCCUGUCCUCCCACUAAUAGGUAGUGUGAUCUCAUGAGAAGCAGCGUGUUCAGUUUACAAGUAACUGUUAAACAGCAACAUCUAGGGAGACUUUAGUGUUCAUGCUGACUUUAUGUGCCUUUUGAUAAUGUGUAUUUUUGAAGAGGAAUUGUCAGGAUACACACCUCAGCUGUACCCUGUUAAUGUUCAUACUGGAUCCACCUGUUCCUACAGUAAACAAAACAGUUUGUUGUUAUGUUUUCCAGGUUAUUUAAGUAAAGUUAUUUAAGACUUUUUUUUCCGGCAAAUACAGCAGAUGUUGGGGACGAAACAAUAAAUGUCAUUGCUAAUACGAGCAUUAAUUGUUAAAAAAUAAAAGAUAAUAAAUGUAAAAGUCAAUUAUUAAAUAUUUAAUUGAACGAAAACAAGACGAAGAAGCAGUCGGUUUUUGGAAACCUCACAGAUUGGAAGUAUGUAAGCGACUUUGUUGAUUAAACAAAUACAGAACUGUA